CGUUGGUCGGGGCCACGUGGACAAGUCAACUCUCCUGGUCAUUCACCAUGACCUGAGCCCCAGGACUCAUCAUACCUACAGCUCGUGCUGAACCACUCGCUUCUCCAGCUGUGCGCCCGCCACAGCUCAACGUGGUGUAGCGGGCACAAAGUUGGAGAAGCGACUGGUUCAACACCAGAUCAUGUAGAGCAUUUCCCAUUUUGCCUCGUGUAGUAUGCGUUCUCCAACUUCCGCGCGCUCCCCACGCUUCAUCGCCGCUGCUGGCACCAGUCAGCUACAGAAGAUUUCUUCCCCUGUUCCAGCCUACUACGACGAUCUCAAGUCACCUGCUGAGCUGGAAGGAGGAGCUCUUCGACCUGGCGGAGCACCUGCAUCGCUCUACUCAUGGCAGAAUAUCGGUCUCGCAGCGCACCAAAUCUCCGUGGCCGUCGUGUACGGGUCGAUCUCUGGAGUGAUCUACUCAGUGCUCAACAACUACCUCAACAUGAGCGCAGUACUCGUCGCUACGGCCACAGCUCUGGUCAAGGUGCCGCACGCUUUGCGAGUCUUUACUGGCCUCGUCUCGGACUGCUACCCCCUUUUCGGAUACCGUCGUCGUCCGUACAUGGUUUGUGGAUGGGCCAUCUCGUUCGUCUGCUGUUUGAUCAUGGCCGUGGUUCCCUUGGGUAAUCCGUACUACGGUGACUCGUCACUUGCAGAGAUCCCAGAGAGUGACUGGACGACGGAACAACAAACCAUGAUCAACUAUGAUGCUCCCAAUAAAGGUAUCAAACUCAUCAUUCUCUUCAUGCUAGCACACCUCGGUACCAUCGUCGCGUACGGCGCAGCAGAUGGUUACUUGGUGGAGCUUGCGCAACGUGAGCCAGAAGCUAUUCGCGGCUCUAUUCAGACAGAUAUCGCGAUCGUCACUGCGGUCGCUGGUAUUUUGACGUCCUUUAUGACGGGUAUCGGACUCAACAGUGAAGCUUACGGUGGUACCUUUUCGUGGGAUAUGGGUUUCGCUGGUGUCAUGGGCGUGUGUGCGGCCUUCUCGCUAGUCACUAUCCCGCUCUGCUGGUUCUGCGUGACUGAGGAGAAAGCCACAGCACAACCCACACGAGCGUUCUUCGCCUACCUAUACGACUUCAUGCAGUAUCGAGUCAUCUAUCAAGUGCUGGCGUUCCGGUUUUUCAACCACAUUUUCUCCAACUUCUCCGUCACCGCCGAGAGUAAAAUCAAGAGCAUCUGGUCGAAUGUGACGCCCUUGAACGACGGUAUUGCGAGCAUGAUUUCUUCCAUCGUGAGCUUCGUGGCGCUGUAUAUGGUGCGCAAGUGGGGUCUCCACUGGAGUUGGCGCUGGGUUGUCGUCAUCUGCCAGAUCUCGGUUGUCUUUAUAGACUGCUUCCCUACGUUCUUCACUAUUUGGGAUGUGUAUCGAAGCCAAUGGUUUUGGCUUGGGGUUCCCUUACUCGCCGAGGUGCCCAGCAGUAUUGGGGAGUUGAUUGCAAAGUUUUUCGUGAUUGAAAUCGCUGAGCCAGGCAGUGAAGCUACGAUCAUGGGUCUGAUCAUCAGUAUCAACAACAUCGGUACGCCAUUUUCCACCGUCAUGUACAAGUCCAUCGACUCGCACUUCAGCAUCGCAGCCAAGGAUAUCAAGAAAGACACUCAUGAGGUCCGCAUGGAUGUGACUUACGCGUACUUGAUCGCGUAUGCGUUCAACUUGGCGUCGAUAGUGUUUGUGUACUGGCUUCCGAGACAGAAGGAGCACGUUCACGAGUUGAAACGCACGGGCGGCAAGAGCAAGUGGAUGGGGAUUCUUACGAUCUGCUACAUUUUGUUUGGGUUCUUCUGGGUGGUAUUGACGAACGCCUUAACACUGUCGACCUCCACCAGUUGUCUGCGUAUCGCCGGUGGAAGCGGAUGCUAAGUAGGUGAGCGUUUUAAGCAAGGACGUCUGAUGACGGCAAUGCUAAAUAAAAAGUGGUAGGAAACGCUUGUUGUUCAAAACAUAUUUGCCAAUUAAAUCCAUGAAGCAGCUC